CCCCGGUAUGGUCGGCUGGUAUGGCUGGCCCGUCUCCUGUGUCACUCUGGCCGGCUGUGAGGAGGUGUACACAGGGUGUAGCUACUCAACAUUAACAACAAGACUCCGCUGGGCUUUGGCAUUGGUUCGGAGCGGCUUGAGGACGGACGGAGGUCAAAACGCGUCUGAUCAACCUCCGUCGGGACGGGCGACGUUGACUUCAGUUGAACCGAGGGGUGGCGGGGGGCCAUGCUGUCCGGAUCCUGCUGCUGAGAUAGCAUGGCGUCGGAGCGCAGCCGCAGAGAUGGAGAGAUGUCCAGGGGCUCCAUCCCCCUGGACAUCGACGACGUGCAGCUCCUCCUGCAGGUGGAGCAGGUACAGAUCCAGAAGAGGACCUUCACCAACUGGGUCAACGCCCAGCUGGCCAAGAGGAAGCCUCCCUGCGCGGUCGGAGAGUUGUUCUCAGACUUCUGUGACGGCUCCCGUCUGUUGGACCUGCUGGAGGUGAUGAGUGGCCAGAGGAUGAGCCGUGAGAGAGGCAGAGGAAUCUUUCAACACCGCAGCAACAUAGAGACGGCCCUCAACUUCCUGAAGAGCAAGUCUAUCAAACUUGUCAACAUAAACAUUCCUGACAUCAUCGAUGGUAAACCCUCCAUCAUCCUGGGUCUCAUCUGGACCAUCAUCCUGCAGUACCAUAUCGAGGAGCUGGCCAGCAGCCUGUCCUUCAGCUCCCGUCAGUCCUCCAUGGAGUCGCUGGCCAGCCUGGACACGCGCUCCAGCCUCUCCAGCUUCUCCAGCGUGGACUCGCUCUCCGGGGCCUCUCCCCGGAGCAGCCCCCUUCCCGGUCGGAGGGCCUCGCCCCUCCACAACCGCUUCAAGGUCUCCGCCAAGAAGGCCCUACUGCUCUGGGUGCGGGAGCAGUGCCACAAGGCUGGCUACACCCUGACCGUCAAAGACUUUAAGGCCAGCUGGAGGAGCGGGGUGGUGUUCCUGGCCAUCCUUUACUCCCUGAGGCCCGACCUGGUGGACCUCUCCAAGGCCAGGAACCGGAGCAACCUACAGAACCUGGAGGAGGCGUUCGGCCUCGCAGAGAGAGAGCUCCGCAUCCCCAGACUGCUUGAGCCCUGCGAUGUGGACGUUCGCGACCCAGAGGAGAAGUCUAUCAUGACCUACGUGUCUCAGUUCCUCCAGUACUCCCGCGACCUGCCCAUACCAGAGGAGGGCGUGCAGUAUCUGAUGCCUCCAAAGACUCAUUCUCCUAUUAACCUUCCCGUUCACUACACUCCUGCUGUUUCUGACUCACCUCUGCGACAGGCCACGCCCAAUCAGAAGGCACAGGAAGUGACAUGCUGGCUGCUGCAGGCCUAUGAGGAGCUGCUGGAGGGGUGGGACUCCACGGAGGGAGAGAGCUAUGCUGAAAGAUACCAUGUGUUCCAGACCUUCUUGGUCUCCUUCAACGAGCAGCGGCGGCCCGUCAUGCCGUUGCUAACGGCGAUGAAGCGCAGCGUGAAAGUCAGCGAGGAGCAGCGGGCGCUCAGAGAGGCCUGGGACGCCCUCGCAGAGAAGCUGCGGGAGUACAAGGUCCAGCUGGACGUGGGCCUGCCGGCGCCGCUGGCCCCGGUGGGCGCCUGGCUGCUGCGGACGGAGGGCGCGCUGACGGACCUGGAGCCCGACCCGCUGGACCCGGGCCGCGCCGCACAGCAGGCCCGCCACAGCCAGGAGCUGCUCAAUGCCUGUCUGGAGGAGAUGCCCCAGCAGGUGCGGAACUUCCAGAUGUUCCAGAAUGUGGACGAGAGCGGGAACCUUCUGGUUCCGACGGACAAACUGGACGAGAUGAAGAGAAGGUUCACCAGUGUGAGAGUGACCGCUAAGUACCAUGGCAUCAAGCUGGAGUACCAGGAGCAGAGACACACCGUUCUGGAGCUGCUGGCUCGCAUCAGACCCAAGCUGAGGUCCUGGAGAAGGCCAUACGUUUCCCAGGAGUCCGUCCGCGUUCUGUUACAGGAAUGGCAUGAGUUGGUGAACGAACAGCAUCUCCCCUCCCUGCUGGAGGCAGCGCUGCAGAAACUCAAGCAUGUGUCUGGGAAGUACAGCAGCAAGUCUGCACUGGCUGCCGACUACGGGCAGGUGAAGCAGCAGGUGGAGGAGGUGGAGGAGGAGUCCCAGGAACUCCAGGAGGGGGUGGCGGGGAUGAAGAGCAGCCUGGCCAGGGUGCUCUCUGCCUGGGAGUCCUUCAGCGACACGCUGAGCUCCCUGAUGGCCUGGCUGGAGCAGGGCAGCCUCGCACGCCCACCACAGGUGUCGUCUGAAGCGAUGUCGGAGUGGAGCUCUCGGCAGACUCACCUGAACCAGGUAGGGGAGUUCCUGAUGGAGGUCAGCGACCCCCAGACCACCCGGACCCUGGCCGACGACCUCCGCAGGAUCAACCAGCGCUGGGCUCGCUUCCUGCAGGCCGCCCCCGCCGUGGAUGAGUCCGAAGCGGCCCUGCCCGCCACUCCCCCAGACCUGCAGGUUCUGAUCCGGGACGCCAUGCUGAUCCUGAAGGAGCCGCUGGAGACCAUGUCUGGGCCGCUCCAGACCUACCGCAAGAGGAUCCAGUUCAUGUUGAAGAAGAUGAGGGAUGUGGAUCUGGAAACUGAGGACUUUCCAGAACUCUCCGCUGAUCAGCGACAGAAGCUGACCCAGGCCAUACCUGAGGUGCUGCAGACGUUGUCGGAGGCUGAGCAGGUGUGUGUCGAGCUGCAGCAGAGUGUGUGCGGUCUGGACGGCCGACUGGCAGAGCUGCUCCACUGGGAUGUGGAGGCCAGGGAGCUGUACCAAGUCCUGAAGGCCAGGGAGAGGAGACCCCAGAGGGCCCAGGACCCCCGGGCCAGGGUGUUCAUCUCGCGGGGCCUGCAGCUGGAGGGCCAGGUGGUGACAGAGGAGCAGGACCUGCAGGUGAUGGUCAUGAUGAGCCAGAAGAACUCGCCCGUCCAGUACGUCCACGCGUCGGCCAUGCAGCACCGCGUUCGGGCAGCCGUCGCCCAGUCCCAGGCGAGUACAACAUCAAAGUUCCUCCUGAGGCUUAUUAGUCAACGGAGACCCUGGGAGAGCCAUGACUCUUCAGGAAUGUUCGGUUAUAUGAUCCCCGAGGCAUCUACCUUGAACUCAUCAUUAACCAUGGCUUUUUGA